GGAUUUCAAAGCGUGCAAUUGCUAGAGAUAUGGGUAUUGCAUAUUUGACGGUUUUGAGAUUAAUUAAAAAGGCUAGAGAUACAGGUAAAAUUGAAGAUUUGGAGAGAUCGGGCUGUCCAAAAGUUUUGACACAAGAGGAAGAAAGAAGAAUAAUUGAAUUAAUUAAUUCUGGAGAAUGUGAGACAGCAACUGAAAUCUAUUCAAAAUUUUGUCAUGAAACCAACCACCAGGUAUCAGUUGAAACGGUGCGAAAUAUUCUCCGUAGACAUGGGUUCGUUUCUAGAGUUAAGAGAAAAUGCCCGGUACUAAAUGAAGCUGCAAAACAAGCACGAUAUGAAUUUGCUAAACAAUAUGAAGACUGGACG